UUCUCAUUCAAGAAAGGUGUCCUUCACUUUGGGUUGUGGGGACAUCAAAAAGACGGUAAAAAUACAAUGAUUUUAUCGCGGCUGCUGGCGCCUGGCGCUGCCCAGCUAGCACGAUGUUCCCACAGAAAAAUUCACACGUCCGCCUCACGAUUCGGUGGUCAUCCUCGUGGAAUCCCUGCAAGUGAAAGAACAUACAAGGUUUUCCGUGGGAGGUCCCCACCAAAUGAUAUAGUGCUUUUUUUUGGUACCAUAGGAAUGCUCUUGGCAUAUACCAGAAUAUCAUAUUUCAUGAUUGCCCAUUACGACCACUGGACGGGCGGACAUUUUGUAGUACCUAAAUGGUAUGACUUUACAGACGAAGAGCUGGGAAUUCCACCAGAUGAAUUGGGACUGCUAAAACCAGAAGCGGCAUAGUUACUGUGUUGAGUCUGAGUGAUUACUGCAAUGUUUUACUGUAAACAAAUAAAGUGAGAAUAUGCUCAUGAUAUUUGUGCUAUGUUGAAUCUGGCAUUUGUGUACAUAAAAUAGAAUGCAACAAUAAAGAUAUGUGUUUAAUA